AUGAGUAAUCCUUAUUCUUUGGCUGAUGAAACAGACAAUUUAUCAAUUAUGAAAUUAAUACAAGUACUGGAAACUCCAGACAAGGAGUCAUGGAAAUGUGGUAAACCUUCUGAAUUGAAAGGGUAUUUGGCUCUGAAAUGCCCAUUGGCUAGUAAAGAAGUAAAAUUAAAAUAUUUAAGAUCAAUUAAAUCAGAUGAUAAUACAGACUCUACAAAUAAAAGGCAAAAAUCUGGCCCGAAGGCCACCGAAAUCGAAAUUACUACAGAACCAAACCAAACAAUUAACAUUAACAAAAGGAAGAAAGGAAAAAACACAAACUAUAACAACAUGUUACAAAAGUCCAUUCACAAUAAUAAAUCAAAAAAUAAAAGACUCAAACAUUUCAAUGAAAAGGAAACUCACGAAGAAAAAAUAAAUUCAAGCGAAGACGAAACAAGAAUGAAUCUUACAACCCACAAAGGGAGGACAGGAGAAGACCCAUUCUGGGGUACAUCCAACCCUAACUCAAAAAACCAAUUAUCCAACAUUUCCAAAAACUCUAACAAUCAAUUAAUAUCCAAGAUCUAUCAAGAUAAUCAAGAAAAUCAAACAGAUACAAACAAAAAUUCUGAAGAUACUAACAUAGAUAAUACAAUAUCAUCAAAAAUUACUGAUGAUUUAAUGUCAGAUAAUGAAACAAUUGAAGACAAUACCUCUAGCAUGGACACAAAUCAAGAAGAAACAGAUCAAAAUUUAGUAAUAAUUCAACUGGAUCUUUUCAACAAAUUAAUUGGAAAUGGAGAAGGUUUUAUUGAACUAAUAAGAAUAGGUAGGAAAAAUAUAAAAGUAGAAUCUAAAGUAACAAAAGGUCAGAUCCCCCCUGCUACACUAUACAUGUUAGAAUGUAAUGAUACAUAUUUUUUCAAAUCAUUCACAAAUUACAAAAAUGGAAUUAAACCUGAACACCAAAAAGAAUUCGAAAAAAUCUUUUUCAACUCAACAAAUGUCUACAAAAAUACCCAUGAACGAACCAAACUAACUAAGAAAGAAAAAGAUAAUGUUUUUAAAAUGAUCAAAAUCAAAUUAGGUUGGGCUUAUUUCAAUCAAAUUGAAUGGAAAAACAUCAACCAUUCAGAUAUCAUCAGAAAACUACAAUAUAUUGCUGGCUUUGUAGGUAAAAAACAAAAUUUUGAAUACAACAAAAUAAAUCUUACCCUAAGAGAAAUCCUGAAAGAAGAAUUACCAGAUCUACCAUCACAUCCAAACUUAAUAGAUAAAUCAAUCAAAGUCAAAAUUCCAUACGAACUACCACUAAUAUACCACCAUUUAGCAAACCAAACAAAAAGAGCUUUAAGCAACUAUUUCAACAUCAAAACCAACAAACUUCCUGAUUCAUACAUAAAGGUAUUACCAAUACUGCCAAAUGAUCCUGGAGAAUUAUCAGUAGAAUGGAAAAGGAUUUUCCCAAUCAAAAAAUAUUCCAUGUUAAAGGAAUUAAGGAAUGUAAGAGAAAAAUUAAGGGUAGAAUAUUUUUUCUCAGGCAAAUUACCAGACACAUAUUUUAAUUUUCCAAAACCAAGAGAACUUCUACCUUUUUCUCCAAAAGGUCUACCAAAUUACUUAGCACAAUAUUUACCUUUCAACUCAAAUAGAACAGAAAAAACUCUUCGUGAGAUAGUACAAGAAUUAAGGGAAUAUUAUAUAUUCAAAAAAUUACCAAACAAUUAUUUUACUCCUAAACCAAGACUACCUAACUCACCUGAUAACACAAUUUUCAAUUAUAUAUUCCCAAUCACUGAACAAAAUACUGCCAAUGAAUUCAUUAAAGAAGCAAGAAGAAAAUAUGAGAUCAUAUUCCCUAUUAAUAAAAAAUGGAUAAAUGUUCCAAAAACAAAAAUAAACCUUUUCUUCCUAAAAACAUCAAUGAACUGGAUGCACAAUUCAUUAAUUCCUGAUGAGUGGAUAUCAAUAGAAAAAACAAAUGAUAAUAUUGAUACACCUGCUUUAGAAAUAUCAAACAUAGAAAGAAAACAACUACCUGAUCUAACAACAACAACACAAGAACUUGACAAAAUACAAUAUAAAAAUUACAAUACCCAUCAUAGAUGA